AGUCAUUAAUAUUUGAGGUUUCAAUAUUAUUACAGCCAGCCAGUGAGGGAAAAAUAUGGUCUAGUUUUAGGCAAGUUGUAAAACUCAUUGAAUUGGGAAAGGUUAUUUGUCAAAUUGCCAUGACUAAAAUAAGUGAGCUUUUUUAUAAGAAUGAUAACAGAUGCAAUUGAUUGGUAAUCUAACAUUGUUACUGCCAAAUUUACACUACUUGAAACGUGUCCCUGAAUUUACACACUCUGGUGAUUAUUUAAAUGAAUCAAAAUUGUACAUUCAAAGACACAGGAAUAUAGCUGCUUGUGUUGCAAUAUCUACGCACUUGGUGUAUUUGUAUCUUAUAUUACAGACUGAAAACUACGAUGGAGAAAAUCCAAGUAUCAGAAAAUCCCUCUUUCCUCUUUUUAGUGCAGAGAAUCAUUUAAAACAUAUUUCUUCCUCCAGAGAACUGCCUGUAGUCAAUCUUCCCAUGAUGCCUAGUAGUGAUGGCCAUGAUCGUCUGGCAUUACAAAAGGCGUUACAUGCCAGCCAAAACAGAGGGAGAGACUGGCCCGUAGACAAGAUGGCAGAUGUUCAGCCUCAGAAACACCCUUUGAAGUCAUUGCGCAAGUUUUUGCAGUUACCUACUUCAUUCAGUCACUCUACUCCCUCAGAAGUACGGUUUCAACCUUUGCCAAACCAGCCAGUCAAAUCAUCUCACAGUGAGGGUCGCACCCAUGCAGCGGGGCAGACUCCUAACAGCAAUACACAACAAGAUUCCCAGGCAAAACCCAGAUCAACUUUCCAACUACCUGGGCAAAUGGAACCUAUCUGGCAUGUGCUGCCAAGUGGCCGGACUGGAAUUGAUGGAACUAUGAACCCUGAGCGAAUGAUUUCCAAAUCAAGUCAAAAUGGGCAUUCUCUACAUUUAACCAGAACAGCACGUUCCAGAAUGCCAAAUCUAAAUGAUUUAAAAGAAACAGCGCUGUAGUCAUUUUUCAUUUAAUCAUUCUGAAAAUGAAUAGUACUUCUAUAUCAGAUGAAUAACCAGGUCCCUUUAAUAAACAUUACUGAUGUAAUGUUGGAAGCAAUUUAAAAAAAUCCUAAUCAUGACAGUAAUGCAAUACGUAGAAUUAUUUUAAAUUGUUUGAGGUUUCGCAAAACAGCACCUAGUGACUGUGUAACGAUGGCUAGCACCUGCAUUGAUUAUUAACAAAGCUCACAAUUCAUAUGGUGUUCAGAUUAUUCUGUAACAGUUCAAACAGUUUGUAGUUAUAACAAAUAAUAUAUUUGUACAUUGUCGGAACUGGAGUUUGUCCUGAUAUCCAUGACUUCAUAGAGCACAAUGUUAUUGUGUACUUAAUGCACACUGUACUCACAAGCUGCUGAUGCUUUUUAGGCAUUUUGUACACUUUCUUCCUCAAACUGUAAUUUGCAUUAUAUUUAGGCAUAUGAGUAGUAGUAUUUCAGCGAAUAUACUGGCAAUUAUGUUUGGUGUGUGGUUAGUAGCUUGUCAAAGUUUGAUAAAAGGAUUUUAUUUUUGGUAUGUAGUAUAGAAUCUGUACAAACUACUUCAUGAAAAUGAUAUACAAGAAUAACAAGUUACAAAUUGUUACAAAAUUGUAACCUGUCAUUAACAGAAAUGCAAAGCUCAAGUGGUUUAUCAAUGUAAGAUGUAGUGUUGAACCACAAUUGGGCCUGUUAUUUUGCAAUAUAUGCAAUUGAGAUUAUAUCAUUUUCAUUCUUUUGGAUAAUGUGGAGACUCUGCUUCAAACAAAUCAUAUGGCUUGAAAUGGGUAAAUUGAACUGUAGGGAUAUUUGAUUUUAGUUUACUGUGUAUUGUGGUAAGUAGUGAACUAGGUAUAUAUUGUAUACAGAAUAAAUGUUCAAAUGCACUCAACUCAAAUUAUAUAAACUGCAAAAGUACAGCUGGAAUCAAUUUUGCAACAUCUAGAUCUUCUGGCAGACAUAUUAUUUUUCAGUAAUAUCAUUAUAGUGUUUUUUUUAAGUUGGUUUCUAUUCUUCACCCUGAAUUUUGUAUUCUUCAUUAUUACCAUGACAGCUGAGUUUUUCGAUAUAGCUGUACUAAACUAGUUCCAUUUCUUUCCACCCUCAAAUAAUUUUGCUUGAUUAUAUAUUGAAAUAGUAGUGUAUACAAUGCUUCCUCAGAAGGAUAUAUUGAUACAGUAGUUGUACAUAUGGUACACUCAUGCCCUUGAGCAUCCAAAUGUUUCACUGAUGGUGACUGUGAGCAAUGGUAGCUGGCCAUGUACCAGGAACAAAACUAGGGUUACCAUUAGUUUGGUAAUUAUUGCUCUAACACUUAGAGCAUAAAAUGUGAAAUUUUAAUCUUCCCUGUAGAUCAAUCUGCAUCUGCCUCAUUAGGAAUUCCCUGUGAAGUUGCCAAGAAAGCAGACUUGGGUUUCAACAAAGGGUUUUAGACUGUGUGGUCAUUACUUAAGCUGAUGGGUAUGCUGAACAUCAUGUGUUCUUACAAACAUGCUCUUCAAAUGACCGGUAUGUAUGUAUUUGGUGAAAAUUGGGCACUUCUUCAAAGCAGGAGAAUGCCAUCUUCUCUGUCAGCCACACAUAAUUUUCUGUGGGAACUCAAGCCCAGCAGGCAGAAAAAUAAGUCAUGACCCUCAGAAUUUGCCUUGUCUGACAGGAAAAAUUGCACCACAUCAAAAUUUUACAUUUGCUGGAUUAUGAUUGUGCUUAUAUUUUCUUUAUUGUAGGUUGUGUUCUCUUAUGUUAGAAGACAUGUUAUUUUCAUGUAAUUUUGCAUUUCCAGCAUCUGACACCUACAUCUUUUGCCUGUGCCUUAUCUUGUGCCUGUUUGCUUUUUAAUGUUAACCUUCCCUUGUGCAAUGAUCCCUCAAACAGAAAUAUGUGCUUUUUUUUUCAAAACAGAAAACAGUGGCCAAAAGAAAAAAAUACAGGUUUAUGCAAAAUCCUGGUUUAGAUCUGGCCUUGAAAAUGGGCAAGCACUUAGACCUUAAUCAGAUUUGUAAUUCAUCCUACAUCAUGCACAAAUUUUUGUGGAAAUUACCAAAGUCACCUUUUUAUGGUUUUAUUUAUAAAGUUGUUAAAUUCAGAUCUUGAGCAGAGUCUAAGGAUUUGCUUUUUACUUCACAUUUUCUGUUUUAGACUAUAAUGUCAUCUUGAUUAAGUGCCAAUGUAGGAACAACCAAUAAAUCUGUACAAAAGUAUAUGCCACUUUUAUUUUUUGACAUGUUUUUCCCUCGAAUAUACAAAUUAGAUGCGUGACGGGAGAGGAGUGUAACUAAAUUUAUUCAUUGCAACCCUCAAAUGGUCAAAGGGAGUUUACAGCAGUUUCAGUAACCAAUCAUUCAUGAGGUUGUGACUGUGUUUGAUUCUCAUUCCCCAGUCUUAGUCCCUUUUAGAAAGUUUAAUCGUAAUUGUCACAAAUUAUACAAUAUGUCAUCAAUUUUUCAGUUGGGCAUGAAGCUAGUUUUUGAAGAAAAACUAACUGUGACUGAGAUUCAUCAAGGAAAUUUUGCAGUGUUUUCAAACAAUAAUUACAUAUUCAGCUGACCAAAUUAAACUUUUGCAUUUAUAGAAAAAAACAAAAGUAUAGAAUACGUAGUUGACAUGUCAGUAAGGUUUCUGCUGUUUAGAUAAGAGUAUUGGUGGCAACAUGAAUUUGAGCUUGCUGCCCUCCUAUUAGGAAUGGGUUCCAUUAUUCUGAAGCAAGCUCAUCAAAUGAAUGAUAAAAAUUACAUACUCUCUGUAACUCACCCAUUAAUAAAUGAUGAGUCAGUAGCAGCAAAAAUGUACACUAGAUUUUAAGCAUAUUUUAUGAUAUUGUGGACUCCAUUAAUAAAUAGGAUUCUUUAGAACCAGUCGUAUAUCUGACUUUUUUUAAUAAAUGGUAAAGGUAAUGUUCCCACCAAAUCGCAAAUGGUCUUUACGAAUGAGAUUUGAUUUGUACUUUCAUUCCAAGCCAUGCAAUAGCUCAAAAUAAUUUAGUAAUUUCAAGAUUCGUAUAUUCCAAAUAUCCCAUUGGCAAAAGGCACUAAAUUUGUGGCAUGCAGACACUUGUGCAAAAUGCAUGUUUAACUAAUUACCUUACACAAUACUUUUCCAUGAAAAUAGUGCCUUGUUGGUUUGCAGCUGAAUUUGCACUAUUGCAAGACGUCUUUCACUGGUACCUUGCCUGAUUUGAGAGAUUUCUGCAACUUCUGUAUCAACAUCUUUUCCAGGCAAGACUGUUUUGUGAUAUGGUUUUUCUUGCAGUUAUACCAAUACUUUGCAAUCUUGCUAGACAUUUCUGUUCCUUCCUGCUGCUGACUGAUAUCCUUGUUUUAUGAUUAUUACAUGAUCUGGCUAGUUAAGCUGCCUAGAUUUCUCACUGACUAUACUUUUCACAAAGUCUUCUAUGUCAUGUGUUCAAAGUACUGCUGAGAUAAAUAAUUUUUUAAUGAAUAUUUAUAUGAAAGCUAUUGAUGAACAUGAUUCUUUCAAGAGCUAGAAUAUUCAGAAGAGGGAACAUUUUAAUAUUACCUUCAGUGAGCAGGUAUUGAGUGGCUUUUACCAUUGGCAUUGUCGUUGAUAGGAAGUUUCUAUUUCUUGUGAACAACAUUCACACAAAUUCCCAUUUCGAAAUGUGCUUAUAUGUAUUACGACAAGUAUCAAAUUUUGAUUUGUCAAAUUUGUUUUUGAAUGUCAUUGCACGCAAAGUGCAGAUAGUCAGGUUCAGUAUUAAUGUGAUCAGUUACAGAUUUCAAUGUCUUCAACAACUUCAAUGUAAAACAGGCAUUAAGUUUGAAACAGACUGCUCUUAUAUUCUGCAGAAUUUUAAGUUUAAAAUUUCACUGUUCCUGUUACUUUCAGUAAUUAUAAUUUUUUUUUAUGUCUGCACACUUCCUCUUAUUAAACCUUGUAUGGAAAGGUCAAUUUUCAAAGUUAAAACUUGGAGGAAAAAAGUUGUUGCAAAAAACAAGUAAAAUGCUGAGACUUUUAUGCCACAUUUUUAAAACCGCUUUUAUAUAAUGCUAAUUGAUUAGUAUAAACCCAGGGUCCAAAUAAUUCAGCAGAAUAUAAACCAGCAGGUGUGAUUAGUGUUAAUGUAUAUAUUUGUCUAAAGAUGUGUUUUAUGCAUGCAGAUCUCAAUACUUUUACUCAAUACAGGUUUGUAUGGGUGUAAAACAUAUGUAUUCUCUGUUAGAUCUUAAUACAUAUCUACAGGAUUAGAAAUUGUGGUUAGGGAACUUAUUAACAGGGGAAAGCCUAAUAAAUGCACAUUGCUGUUGAAUAUAGUUCUGAUAAGAUAAUAUUACAGGUGUACAAAAAUGUGGGGAAAAAAGUUGACUUGAGAGUAUAUAUGUAAUUCUGACAAGUGUUUAAUGCCUAUAGUCACAGCUGAAAUUAUAUUUUAGGCAGUUAUACUUUUUUUCUAAAAAUGUGCACAUAUUUUCAAGUGUUCAGGUCUCUGCUCAUGUGAAGUCCUUGUUUUCCAGGAUUCUUUGACAGCAUUUGUAGUUUCUCACAUAGUUGCAUUUAUGUUUUGUUUCCCUUAUUGCAGUUUUUCCCUUUUUUUAAUGAUUGCAAAGUAUAAAACAUUUGUAAAUUGUUUAUAUAACAUUUAUAUGUUUGUAUAUUCAAUCCUUAUAGUGUGUUUUCCAUCUGUAUGUACAGCUAUUUUGUAAAUUUUAAUCAUACUGUUUGAGUUGUCACUGAAUAUUGGCAUGAAAUGGUUAAUUUUUACUAAGCACAAUGUAUUUUUGAAUGGACCUUGUAAAACAUGUCUUUAUAAAAAUGCAAAUUUUUGCACUA